AUGUUAGAAUCAGAUAGACAUCAUGUAGUUAAAUGGUCAGCUCAAACGAAUUUGACUGUUGGUCAAACGGACAAACAUCUCAAUACACCUGAUGGAAUUUAUUUUGAUCGAAGCAGCGAUACUUUGUAUGUGGCUGACUCAACAAAUAACAGAAUUCAAAAAUGGGCCAAGGACAGUUCAUCAGAUAUUCAGGUUGCUAGAUCGAAUACAUCUGCUCCGAGUGAGGAUGCUGGAUCCUUAGAUAAGCCCAAUGGUGUUUGGAUUGAUCGACAAACACAAAUUGUCUAUGUGGCUGAUACAUUAAAUAAUAGAAUCAUGCAUUGGCUUCCAGAUACGUCCGUAGACGAUUCUCUUAUGAAAAGUUGA